AUGAUUGCGAACGACUACUUCUAUACAUAUUCCAAAGACGACGAGAUCAAAGAAAGUACACCACUAGGCAUCCUCGGUGAGCAACCCGGAAAUAUGAUUGCGAACGACUACUUCUAUACAUAUUCCAAAGACGACGAGAUCAAAGAAAGUACACCACUAGGCAUCCUCGGUGAGCAACCCGGAAAUAUGAUUGCGAACGACUACUUCUAUACAUAUUCCAAAGACGACGAGAUCAAAGAAAGUACACCACUAGGCAUCAUCGGUGAGCAACCCGGAAAUAUGAUUGCGAACGACUACUUCUAUACAUAUUCCAAUGACGACGAGAACAAAGAAAGUACACCACUAGGCAUCCUCGGUGAGCAACCCGGAAAUAUGAUUGCGAACGACUACUUCUAUACAUAUUCCAAUGACGACGAGACAAAAGAAAGUACACCACUUGGCAUCCUCGGGGAGGCGUCAACAGGUUAUUUCACUACAACUCCGCAAAACACGCAAAAUACGCAACCAAGCUCUACCCACAGAUCAGUGGAGACUAUGACACCCCCGCCAUUUACGUCUUCAAUCACUACCUACAGUUCAGUCGAGACAAUGACAUCCCUGCCAUUUACGUCUUCAAUCACUACCUACAGUUCAGUCGAGACUAUGACAUCCUCGCCAAGGACGUCUGCAAGCAGAACGCCUCAAAGCUCUACCCAACGUAUAGUGGAAGAAACGACACUGUCUCAAAAUACGCCAUUGAGCUCCAUUAAUGCUUUAGAUGACAAAGUGACAGCUUCUCCUAAUUCGCAUGCAAGCUCUACCAUCCGUCAAGAUGAAGAGACGACAUCCCCGACAGAAAACCCUGCAAGCUAUACCCACAGUGUAGUUGAAGAAAUGACAUUGUCACCAAAUACGCCUGCAAGCUAUACCAACAGUGUACUUAAAGAAACGACAUCGCCACCAAACACGCCUGCAAGCUUUACCAACACUGAAGUUGAAGAAAUGACAUCGCCACCAAAUACGCCUGCAAGCUCUACCCACAGUUUAAUUGCAGAAACGAGAUCCCCGGCAAAUACGUCAUCAAGCCCCAAAAGUGCAAAGAACAACUGA